UUUAAUUCUUUUCAGCUCAUAAACCAUGGAGUGUGAAAUCCAAGGUAUCUUCAAGUUGCCUUUUAGCAGAGAAGAAGACUUACGGGCAACGCCCCGGGAGUGUUGAGGUUAUGGCCAAGCAUUUGUCCUGUCUGAGAACCAAAUGCUAGUGGGGAUAUAUGUAUUUGUUAGUCACCAAGCCACCCUUAGCAAGGAACUCGGAAUUUUGGGCUACCAAUCCGCUGACAUUUAGGUGAAAGAUGUUCUACUUUUUUUCCCUUGGUAGUCACAAACCAAGCACAUCUUAAUUAGGUUCAAUUAAACUUAAUAUCAUAAGCGGAUAGGUGGAGAUAUCCUAACUUGUACAUUCAUAUCCAUAUUAGAUUGUUACCAUAGUACAUGUUCCUUUUUUUCCUUGGGUACCUGUCUCUUUACAAACAACCUUAUCAAACUGGUUUUGAUGGCAUGCUAUUUGCAAGCCAAACACAUAUAUUUAUACUCAUAUUUAUUAAAUUAAUUGAUGUGUCUUAAGAUAUUUAAUAAAAGACGAAUUAAUCCUAAUCUAUGCAGCUUCCUGUUGGAAAUAUUCUAUUGACAAUAUCUUAAGAAAAAAUUCAUCAUAUAUUUGAGGUAUGUGGAAAUCAAAGGAGUAACACAAAAAUUAUAGGUGUUUUAUGGGAUUUAAAACAGAGAAAAAGUCUGCAUCAUCUACCAUGAUUGUGUUGAAAAAGUUAUAGUCAUCAGUCAUGUCCGUCCAAAUUGUUGUAACUCAGUCUAUAACAUUUUCACAUAAAAAUGGUAGUGAUGGCUAAUACUGCUGUUAAUGAAAAUAUGUGAUGGGUUUUGAUAGAUCUCGUUGGACCAUUUUCAAAUAGUUGUUCUCAUAAGCCCCCUUAAUAUGUGCUAGCCUUUUUAGGUUGUCAUGUGGUGAACAAAGUAGUUAUAGUAGCUUUGAUGCUAGGUUACAUGCAAACCAAACAUAUAUUAGUUUGGUUCAAUUCAACCUAUACAUUUAAGCUAAUAGGAAGAGAGACCUAGACAUAUAUACUCAUGUCCAUAUUCAGUAAAUUAACCAAUAUGGGACUAUUAGGAUCUCUAGUUGAAAAAAAUAUCUAAUCAAGACAUUCUUAUUAACCUUUUUGAUGGAGAUUUUUUAGUGACAAUAUUGCAACAUAGAUUCAUCAUUUAUUUGAUGUAUCUAGGAAUUAUAAAUGGGGUAACAGGACAGAAAAAAAUAUGGCUGUUUUAUGUGAUUUAGAACAUUAAAGGUGGCAAAACAAAAUAAAGAAGUUACAAAUGAGUGUUAUAUUUGCAUCCAAUAUUGUAUCAUGGCCAUGAUUCAAUUUGACCCAAAAUCUUAAAUUGAUAGGAUGAGAAAACUUGUCUCUUGAAUAUUUGUGGUAUAUGAUGAUUUACAUAUGAGCAGAAUGUAGUCAAUUUUUAUUUUUUAGUUAUUUAUUUAUUUUAUUUUUUUGUGACAAAUGUGGCGAGCACAAUCAGGAGCAUCAGAAAUUGAACGUCUGGCCGUGUGCUCUUACUCAAUGAUGUGGGGUUUGGGUUGCAAGUCCUUACCCACAAUCAGGGAUCCGUUAUCACCAUUAUAUCCAAUGAAACUUGAACUUGAGAUUUGAACUUUUUACACCAACAUCUUUCGUAAUGGAGCCAAUGAUGUUGAUCAAAGGUCUGUUAGCAAGCAGAAAGGGGAACAACAAUUUCUAUUGAGUUAUAUGUUGGAUCUCUAUAUGAAAAGGGAAAUGAGAAGGAAAUUGAUAAAACAUUUUUACCUUUCGACCGUGGUGAAAAAUGUAUUAUUGUGAGAAACAAUAAUAUGGUUUAGAGAAAACAUCAACAACUGAAAAACCCUUGCAUUACCAACACUUGCUUAGUCUGGUGGUAAAGGCACUUGACAAUGCAUGGGCAAGCGCGGGACUGUAUUGGAUCAGUAUACAUUGGAGUUGGAGAGAGUUGCAAGCAUUCUGUUGGUUUCUUUGGCAAAUGAUUUAGGAACUGAGCAAGUUGCUGACAUGUUCAAGGAGGGCCUGCAAACAGUAAGGAUCAACUACUAUCCUCCAUGUCACCAUGCCGACAAGGUGUUGGGCUUGUCACCGCACUCAGAUGCUGAAGGUUUAACAUUGCUCCUUCAAAUAAAUGAAGCUGAAGGAUUGCAAUUAAAGAAGAAUGGUCAAUGGAUGCCUAUCAAACCGCUUCCUAAUGUUUUCAUUGUUAACAAUGGUGAUGAUACCCUUGAGAUCAUGAGCAAUGGGAAAUACAAGAGUAUCGAACACAGGGCUGUGAUUAACCCACAGAAAGAGUGCAUGCCAAUAGCUACAUUUGUCAUGCCUUGGCUUGAUGUGACAAUAGUCAAUAGGUCCAAUUCCGAAGCUUGUGGAAGGGAAUGAGGAACUCUAUCAGACCCGAAGUGUGGUGGAUCACUUGAAAUUGGUGAUGACUAGUAAGAUUGAAGGGAAGAGUGUAUUGAAUAUGAUGAAAUUGAAGAAAUGAAGGAGUCAUUUGUCAUCAUACUGAAAUGGUCUAUCCAUGUUUGUUUUGCUUCUCAUCAUUUUGUCUAACAAGGAUAAUUAUCCAUACAUGUUCAUAAAAUUCAUACUAUUAAUGCAUGGAAGGCAAUAUGUGUGAAUCAUAUGCAUAUUAUAUAGAGCUGAUGAUUACUUGUUUAUUUUGUUAAGAAUGAUAGGUGAUGUUUUGCUCAAUCUUAGUAAUAGUUCACUGUGAUUUGAUUGCAGGGAAAAUUCACUGUGAUCACUAGGGUUUUGCAUUGAUUAAAUUUUUGAAAGUUAGACUUGGUGUGACCACUGUGAGAUAAAUGUUCUGGUUGCAAAAUAACAGAAAUUCAGGUAUUCAGGACAA